UUCCAUUCCUGAACAAUGACUGAAGGCCGCUCUGUGCUCAAGCAACUUCGCCAUGCCGCGAACAACUAUGCUCCGAUUGAGAUCAAGGUCCGCACGGCCACGUCAAACGACCCGUGGGGCGCCCCGAACGCUCUGCUGUCGGAGAUUGCCGACGCCACCUACAACUUCGAGCAAUUCCCCCAAAUCAUGAACAUGGUCUGGAAGCGCAUGAACGACGAUGGCAAGAACUGGCGACACAUUUACAAGAGCAUGCUGCUUCUCGAAUACCUGAUCAAGAACGGAAGCGAGCGCGUUGCUGCCUCCGCAAAGGACCAGCUGAUUACCAUCACCACCCUGAAGGAUUUCCAGUACAUUGACAAGGAGAACAAGGAUCAGGGAGUGAACAUUCGCGAGCGUGCCAAGCAACUGGCGUCGCUGCUGAACGACCCGGAGCGCUUGAAGGAGGAGCGCGAAAAGGCACACGGCCUCAAGAAGCGCAUGGACCACCGCGACGAUGGCGGCUUUGGCAACCACGAUCGCGAUCGCCGCUACGAUGACCACUCGAGCAGCAGCAGCAGCGGCAGCAACCGCCACGGUGGCCCUCGCUCUGUGGACGAAGAGGACCGCCAGGUUCAGCAAGCCCUCGAGAUGAGCAAGCGCGAAGCCGAGGAACGCGAGGAGCGCCGUCGCCAGCGCGAGGAGGCCUUUGCCCGCCAACGUGCCCAGGCCGCCGCCCCGGCUGCCUCUGCCGACCCGUGGGCCACCUCCGCCGCCCCUGCCAACUCUGCCCCUGCCAGCCAGCAGGCUGUCGAUCCGUGGGCCACUCCCGCUGCCGCCCCGGCAUCCGCUGCUCCCCAACACCAGCAGCCCUACCAAUACUCGCAACGCCCCUCGCAGCCACAGCAACCACCCCAGCAGCAACAGCAGCAGGCGUCGUUCGACCCGUGGAGCACUUCGGCUGCACCCGCUCAGGCCCCUGCUCAGGCCGCUUCGUUCGACCCGUGGGGUCCCGCACCCGCUGCCCAGCCGCAGCAGCAGCAGCAGCAACAGCAACCGCAGCAACGCAUGAUUGCUGGCGACCCGAAUGCCCUCAUGGCCAACAUUGCCCGCAACGCUCACCAAAUUGACGGCUUUAGCCGAUUGCACCACGAGCGCGCUGCGCCCAAUGCUGCCGACCCAUUCGAUCUCGGCGGCAUCGGCUCGUCGCUCCCCGCUGGCCAGGCGCCGCGUCAGCAACAGCCAAACAUGUCGUUCGACCCCUUCGGCUCAAGCGCUCCUGCCGCCUUGCAGCCCGCUCCCACUGCUGGUGCUGCUGCUUCUUCCGGACGCCCCUCCGACCCCUAUGCCGGCCUGGUCAACCUCGACGCCCUGUCCAACUCGGGCUCUGGUGCCGGCAACCCGUUCGGCAAGAGCGGAAGCGCCAGCUCCAACAUGAGCGGCAGUGCCAGCAACCCCUUCGGCAACCAGGGACGCCCCAACCAGCCCUCGAUCAACCAAAUGCGCCAGCCCGGCACUGGCGGCUUUGACGCGAACGGCCUGCCUGCCCCUCUCCUUGCCGAUUCGUCGCGCCCGGUCUCUGGCCCCACUGUCACCGCUGGCCUGACUGGCAACUUUGGCGCCAACCCCGCAUUCGGCGGCGCACCUGCCUUUGGCGCGCCUGCGUACGGAGCUCCUGCUGGCGCCUAUGGCUCCCCCGCCUUUGGUGCGCCCGCCCCUGCAUUCGGCCAGCAGCCAAACCCUUACGGCCAGCCAAACCCUUACGGCCAGCCAAACCCCUACGGUCAGCCAAACCCCUAUGGCCAACCCAAUCCCUUCGGCCAGCAACCUCCCCAACAGCACAACCCAUUUGCCUAAGCGCUGAGCUUGCGUGAGGGCAGUGUGGUUUGGUUUUUGUGCUUUUUUUGGAGUGUUUAACAAUUUUUGAUGUCUUCUCUUCCUCUCGUUUGUUGUGUGUGGUUGUUGUUCUCUCUCUCUCCCUCUCUCUCUUGGUGUAGCUUUGGUCUCUUUUGGGCUUUGUUUGUUCUUUCGUGGUCGCUGUACAUGAAAAACCUGUGCGAUUAUGAAAAAAAAAAACGUUCCGAAA